GUUCCAUAGUUUACUUCCAGCGCCUGUCUUAACUCGCUGACCUGAAAAUAUAACGGAGGAGAUAUUAGAUUGGGGAAUUACUGAAAGAGUUGAAAGUCCACUGGAGAAAAUGUGAAGCUGUAAUGGAGAUACAUACAGAAAUAUUACAGUAUAUUUAGUAAAGUACCUAACUUAGGGUACUCUAGAUGGCCAGCAUAGUCUUCAUCCUGCAGACUCCAAUGUGCAUUAGUGCACAGUACAAUAUUAAAUUUAUCAGAAAGUGAAACAAAAACAAUGCCUGGAAAGCCGCCGGAGCCAGAUGGGGGAGGCUCAAUGACUCCCUCAGAAGCAAGUGAUGGAGAAGAGAGGAGUGAAAGAGAUUCUGAUUAUGAAACUGAUGAAGAGGAACGACAUCGCCGUCGGUUAAGAUAUGGAAGACACCAGGAGAUGUUGAACAUCCAAUGGACAGGCUAUGGAAAGAAGACACCUGUUGUCACCUUUAAUCCUGAGAUGGUGCUAGCCAAGAAAGGCAACCUGAAAACAGUUGGAGAGAGAUAUCAUCUUGCCUAUAAAUUUGGGAACUCAGAAUGUAAAGUUGUGAGAACCAUCCUUAACUUCCAUGGAUUCCAUGAGGUACACCCCAACAGCUCUGACUAUAACUUCAUUUGGACAGGGGGUCAUCUAAAGCCCUUCACGCUACGCAGUCUUACAGAGUUUCAGAAAAUCAACCACUUUCCUCGCUCAUAUGAACUGACACGAAAAGAUCGUCUCUACAAAAAUGUACAGCGGAUGCAGCAGAUAAAGGGAAUGAAACAUUUCGAUAUUUUGCCAUCAAGUUUUAUACUGCCAAGUGAAUACCAAGAUUUUUGUGCCGCCUUUCUUCGAGAGAAAGGUACCUGGAUCGUGAAACCAGUAGCAUCUUCUAGAGGAAGAGGAGUAUUUCUUUGUAACCACCCGGACCAGGUGCCAUUGGAUGAGAAUCUCAUUGUGUGUCGCUACUUAAAUCAGCCUCUUCUUAUAGAUGGUUUUAAGUUUGAUGUACGACUGUACGUGUGUGUUACCUCUUAUGAUCCACUAGUCAUCUACCUAUUUGAGGAGGGUCUCACGAGGUUCGCCACUGUGAAGUACGAGAAGAGUGGUCGACACAUACGUAACCAGUGUAUGCAUCUAACUAACUACAGUGUCAACAAGAAAAGUGACGAUUAUGUCCGAAAUGAUGACCCUGACGUUGAAGACUACGGCAACAAAUGGUCACUAGGGGCUUUGUUACGAUACCUCAGAUCUCACGGUCGUGACACAACAGCUUUAAUGAUGAGGAUAGAAGAUGUGAUCAUUAAGGCGAUCCUCUCUGUAGAACUACCCAUUGCCACAGCGUGUAAGAUGUUUAUGCCGUUCAGAGGAAACUGUUUUGAAUUAUAUGGUUUUGAUGUCCUCAUCGAUGAAAACAUGAAACCAUGGGUGCUAGAGGUCAACUUGUCUCCAUCCUUAGCCUGUGAUGCUCCACUGGAUUUGAAGAUAAAAACAAACUUAAUCUGUGAUCUGUUUAGUCUUUCAGGCAUCAUAUGUCACGAUCCCAUGAUGAGGACACUUCAGCAAAGCAGAAGAAAUCAGGAAGUCACUGCCAAAAUAGCAUCCCGAGCAAAGUCUGCUCGAUUCCGACCUUCUUCUGCUUCUACGAAACAAAGGCCAAUGUCUGCAGGCUCGUCAAAUAACACUCGGUCAUCAUCACGGAACUCGGAACGAGGCUCAAAUCCGGACAAGCUGGGUGUCAUGUCUGGUCUCACUAGUGAUGAGAUCAAGAUUUUACGUCGAGUGAAGGAGGAGGAGAGCCGGUCUGGAGGCUGGGUGCGGAUCUUCCCUACUCCAGACACCUGGGAUCUGUAUUCUUCAUUUCUACAGUAUUCUAGCACCAAUAACUUCAUGCUACAUAGUCGGCUCUACCCAGAAAGACAUAAGACAAAUUCCAGCCAGUCUAAAACUGUAGGAACAGCUUCACUGGGAUCCAGAGCCAGAAUAAAUCCUAUUUUACGGUCAUCUUGCAAGAAUACAUAUGCCCACCUUGGUCUUUCAACUGGAAAGUCAGAUGCAGAGUUAGCGGAGUGUUAUGCAGAUGCCAUAAUAAGAACAAGGCACUAUGAACGAAAACUUGGAACUGGACGCAGUCGGCGAAAAGGGAAAAGGAAAAACCGUAAAGCUAAACCAAAAACAAAGUUAGCCCAGGGUGUGGCAGAGGAGGGUGAGGGUGAGGAGGAGGGAGAGGGUGUGGAGGAAGAUGCUGGUGCAGACAACGCUAGUCCAAAGGAUGAACAGAGGACAACAGUAACAUCAUAUGAAUCUGGGUCUCACAUAGACAGAGUCCCUGUGGAAGGAGAAUCUGAAAACUCAAAGACAUUAGAAACAUCGAAAAAACAAGUGUCUCAUUCUCCGGAUGACCCUCCUCCAAAACCCAGUAAAACAGUCGAUAGAUUACCCCCCAAACCCCAAACUACCAUUAUCAGUUCAGGAGAUGCUCCUUCCCGAGGACCAGACAAGGACGGGGAGUCACAGUCUACAGUAACUCUAUCUAAACCACCUGUCCCUCAAGAACCUAAGUUCAAGGUCGUGGAGAUGCUACAUAAAGGCAGCUCUCUCAGUAAAGUACAGGCCCGCAGUGCGUUUGCUAUGUACCUAGUGAGAGUUCAACAACGUCUCGUGUCAGAACACAAUCCUACCUCUCAGGAAGACAUUGAUGCUCUUAAUGAGCAAAUGGAUUUAGUUUUAAGAUUCCUGAAAAGAGCUGCUGUCAAUUUACAACAGCAGUUCAAGGUCAUUGUACCGAGUCGCAAAUUACCACUGAACGAUCGACGCCGAAUUCUCGCCAAACAGCUCGGUGACUUUGUACAUAUUUACAACAAGUUACUUCAUCACAGCAAGCAGGAAACAGAACAAAUUCGGUUAAAAAAAUUGGCUGAGCAGAAACAGGGUAAAACAGCUGAGGUGCAUCCCCGAGGAGAAACACUGUGUGAAAAACGAUUUGAAAAAUUUGUCAACAUUGCCAGUGAAGGGGAACUGGAGGAGGUCUUGACAACCUACACACGCAUCAAUAAAUCAGCCAGCAUAUUUCUGGGUGGAGGUGAUGCUAACAACAAAGCUGGUACUAGUACAGAGAGCAGUGCGUCUCGCCCCAGUACUGUAACACAACCGCGAGCUGCUGGAACAUCAGCCUCAGAUACAGGUCUCCAGAAACGAAGGGAUAGCACUUCCAGAGAGAGACGAGACAGUACAUCACAAGACAGACGAGACAGCACAUCACAAGACAGACGAGACAGCGUGUCAAACGAAGUUAGCGGCACCUCUCAUGUAGGCGACAGCAAGUCUGGCACCUCGUACACCUCAGGCUCCACCGUGGGGCACAAUGGUACAUCUACGUACCACACCCCCACACAGUCGUCUUACGCAAAUGCUGUCCAGAUAUACACUCAGAAACUUGGAGCAUCAAAUAGGCCCCGGUCUGCUUCCAGUCAGCGUCCAGCCUCAUCCAGUGGGCCACGUCAACGACCGAUGUCUGCUGUACUACAGAAUCGUCCUUCAUCAGCGAGUGCUUACUCUACCACAGACCCAACAGUUGAUUCGUACAAUGAACAGGCGAUACAGGACGCCCUACAGAAGCUGGCCAUUCGUCAGCAGUCGCGUCAGUAUUCAGCACACAAUAGCACAAGUGCCAUAGGACUAGAUGCUCAGGGGUCACGACCCCCAUCAGGGAUGGUGUCAAAGCCAUAUAGACCAAUGACAGCAGGUGACAUUAGUAGUACUUAUAAAUCUACUCAGUCUUUCCCAAAUGGUAGCUCUGACAAGAUCAAAGACCAGCCCAAAUAUGUAUCUUUGGAAGAUCAUUACCUGAAGUCGCGGCCACCACCCGCCCCUGCCCAGCGUAUCCAGUCAGCUGGAAUAGUUGGUCGCAAUCGAAAUGCCAAUGCAACUUUUAAUAGCUUUAUAGAGGAUACAGAUGGCACACACCAAGGGGACCUUGCCAUGGCUUACAAUCAGGUGACCGGUGUGUUGCCUAGCAACUAUAGCGCGGCCUCACAGUCCAGUAAACAGUUUCAAUUGGUGCAGCAACACCAGGCUUUGAAGCAGCAGAGCAAAGCCAUGUUGGAGCAAAGUAAAGCCAAGCACCAAGCCAUGGUUGCCCAGGCAUAUGCCAUGCAAAAAUCACUACAGGGACAGACAGCCAAGGUCACAGACAUGGAGAGUGGUGUACAAAAGGCACCACCCAAACCCCACUACCGACAUAUUGGACCUGUCGAGGUAGAAAGUGCCAUGCAGAAAUAUGCUCCUAAACCGCCCACACAACCCUCACACACACGCAGGGCAGGCAUACAUCGUGUACAAAGGAUGGUAGGAUCUCAACCGUAUGAUGAUGGCUAUGGUUGACAACUGUGAUAUCACAUCUAAAGGGAGAGAACUCUACUUGGACUUCCAAGAAAUUCCUAGUCUACAGGAUUAAUCUACAUAAAUGCUUAUAAUAAUUAACAGGAAGUUAUCACACUUCUGGCUGUGAUAUAAAGUCUUUAUCAGCUUAUUGCUAGUAACAUAGAUAUUAGUGCACAAUAUUACACCAAUUCUAGGUACAAUUACACCAAUUCUAGGUACAAUUACGCCAAUUCUAGGUAAAAUUACACCAAUUCUAGGUAAAAUUACACCCAAUUCUAGGUACAAUUACACCAAUUCUAGGUAAAAUUACACCAAUUCUAGGUACAAUUACACCAAUUCUAGGUACAGUUACACCAAUUCUAGGUACAAAUUACACCAAUUCUAGGUACAAUUACACCAAUUCUAGGUACAAUUACACCAAUUCUAGGUACAGUUACACCAAUUCUAGGUACAAUUACACCAAUUCUAGGUAAAAUUACACCAAUUCUAGGUAAAAUUACACCAAUUCUAGGUAAAAUUACACCAAUACUAGGUAAAAUUACACCAAUUAUAAGUACAGUUACACCAAUUCUAGGUACAAUUACACCAAUUCUAGGUACUGUUUGAGACACAAAUGUACCAUCCACAAUUGCCUCAUUUCCCUUUAUAUUCAGACACAAAAUUAUUCUAGUAUUGUCCGAUCUUUUUUUGGAAGUUAUAUAAGGUUGAAGAACGGUGUCCUCAAAUUCAUAAUCGUCCAAGAUGCUUACAUAUUGUUUAAUAUGGCAAUCAUCAUAAAGUCAUACAGUUGACCACUGAGCUAUCCCUGUGGCCUGUCUUAUGUAUUUAAAAUGCACAGGUGAACUCCAUCAUGUUGUACACAUUGACUGAAGGAGUCGAGUGGUUAGUGGAACAUUCAAUAACUCUUCAUAUCUGUGAUAUUUAGGUGUAAGUACAAAAAUAGCUUUAUAUAUUAAUAACAAUAUUAUUGAAAGGAUGCAUGUUUGUUAUAUGACAAUUUUGAUUGGCAGGUUUUUAAAACAUAAUACAAUCCUAUGCCUUGUCCUUAUAUGUAGUCAUGUGAUCUAGGCAAUAUGUCUACCACAAUGCUCAAAAUCUUUGAGUGACUAUUGGUGUUUUAUUAUUGCUGAAAACAAAGUGGUAAUUUGUUUUUAUUUUACAUGCUGAAAUUUUAUCAUCUGUUGAAUUUAAAGUUACUCAAGAAAAAAUAUUGAAAUAUUUUUCCUGCAACAGCUUUGUUGUUUUCACGCUAAGUAGUUUAGGAAAAGUUGGGUAUUUUUAUCGCCAUUGAACUUCAUGUUAAAGAAAUUGCUGUGAUUUGUGAAACAUGUUGAAUUUAAACACUAAUUUUGAUGACCGUGACACUAUUCAAUAGAAUGCAUUCCAUUACCACGAUAAUGAUUUAGAGCUGUGAUAUUUUGUGUUACCUUAUACAGAUGUUGUAAGCAUGCUACAUAUACACAUUGGGCACAUGAUUAUCUAUAAAUGACGCUAGUGAAUAUACUUGAUCUAUUAUUAGAGAGAUCGAGUCUCAAACAUUAUUUAAAGCAUCUUAACAAGAAAGUUAAAUGGUGAAAGAGAUAACAAUGCCCUAUUGUUAUUAAUAUAUAAUGACACAAUGAACCAUAUAUGCAAUUCUAAGUUACUGGAAGUAUCUAAUCAAAUAUGUCUUAAUAAAAGACUAACAUCUUGAAUUUGUGUGGUGGUGAGUCUUAGAAUAUCAAGAUCAAAUUUGUAUUGUAUGAUUGGGAGUGUGAAUUAACAGUGAAAACCUAGGAUUCAAUGAGUUGUCAUCACAAGCUUUUCUGUCCUAAGUGUGUACAUUACAGUAUAAGAUAAUGAAAACAUUUGAUUCAGUUUUCUAAACCUAAUUCACGACGUUAACAGUACACUAUGAUUUCCAUUAUAUUGUAUUUAUAUGUUAAUAUGAAACCUACAAUGGUCUCAUUACUAUUUUUACUUAUGUAUGGGAACAUCUUCUACAUUCACAAAUAACUUGUUAUAUAUAUUUAGUACUUUGUAGUAAGUAUGUAUGUGAUACAAACUGUAAUCCAAACAUACAAUAGGGACCAUGUAUGUGAUACAAACUGUAAUCCAAACAUACAAUAGGGACCACAAGGUCACAGUGACUUAAUGAUUAUUGUAAGGAUCAAUUAAAGCUAUUUAUUUAGUAAAUGUCGGUUUACAAGAUUUAUUUGACAUGUAUAAAACAUUAUGUUGUCAUGGUGCCAUUAUUUUGCUAAAAUGUAUCUAUUGAAUCAAAUGAUAUACCAUUUAAUGUCUACAUGUUCAGGAAACAGCCACGUGGUGACACGUGUCUCCCAGUUUAUCACCUCCAGUGACACAUGUCACCCAGUGUAUCAUGAUCACUGUCACCUCCAGUGACACAUGUCACACAGUGUAUCAUGAUCACUGUCACCUCCAGUGACACGUGUCACCCAGUGUAUCAUGAUCACUGUCACCUCCAGUGACACGUGUCACCCAGUUUAUCAUGAUCACUGUCACCUCCAGUGACACGUGUCACCCAGUUUAUCAUGAUCACGGUCACCUCCAUCUUUGCUAACCAAAGGUUGCACUCUGCUUUAAGCUGCUUAGUGCAGUGUAACCCUUAGUGAAGAUGUGUCACCUCGAGGCUUGUUACAAAUAGAAUCCGUCCACAUAUUUAUAUUGAUGACAUGUGUUUAUUUUUAUUUACUGUAUAUCUGGUCAGAUUUUUAUCUUUAACUAUCCGGUACUGUAUGUGUAUAUUUACCUAUAUAUUUUGGUGGAACAUUCCCCUCACAUUGAAGAGUAAUCAAACAGGAAGUCUCUACCACAACAGUUGGUUUCUGACUUCAAACAAAAUUUCACCCAGAUGUUGAUGAAGAAACUUGCUCAAGUUUAAGAUGCAUUACUUCAAUAUCCAAUCUUAUUUCAAUCUCUAUAUUAUGAACGUUUCUAUUUUGGACUGACAGAAAUCAUGUAUCGGACUGUUUGGACAUAACUAAUGACAAUAUAAAGUUUAAUAUUUCCAAUGCAUUGUGAGACAAACACAUAUUAUUGUACAGAUUAUUUUUGUAGAAAUUUCAACAAAAAUCAUGUGUAUGAAAUCUGUGGGAACCUGUAAUUGAAAUUACUUUUCUCAAAAUUUUAACUAUCUGGAAGUCAAUGCCAAAAAAAAACUGAAAUAAUUUGUAGUCUGUCCAGUAUUGUUUUUAUUUAUCUGUGAUAUAUAAUAGUAUUGUUUAAGUGGUGUACAUGUGACAUGUCCAUAUUACUGUGUAUGUUGGUACUGUAUGUAUCCUGACCAAUAUUGGAUUGGCUUGCUAACUUGAAAUCCAUAUGUUACUAAGAACACUUACCCUUCCCUAGUACAAGUCGUUUCUGAUGUUUUUUUGUUCUUGUCAUCUCAGUCCAUGUGAUCGCCUUUCCUGUCGCUAUCCAGGUUUGUCCUUGUCAAAACAUAUUAAAAAAAUACAUUGUACUUAUUGUUUUAGUUUAGACACAUAUAUAAACUAUUUUAGUGGUGAUAUUAUUUAAAAAGAAGAAAUUGAUUUAAACUUGACCAUUUUUCGUUGUAGAAAUGAUGAAUCUCAAAUCAAAAUGCUUUACAAUGAUAUAGUAAUAGUAUGACUGUGUUUAUAGUCGUCAGGGUAAGUGGUAUUUAUGGUUACAGUGUUUGGUGAUACAGUGUAGUACUAGUUACAACACACUGGUUUAUACAAGUGUUAUAUAACACGUUUAUUGUCAAGAAUCAUUGAUCUUGAUUACGUUCAUCCGGAAAAUCCAAUUUCAGUCAUUAAAGAAUGGAUAUAAAUUUUGGUGAAAGUUUUCAUAUUUAAAUCAGUCCAGAAAAGUGUAGGAGAAAUUGAAGUAAAUCCUUUAAAUCUCUACUACUCCUGAGCGUCUGCAUGCAUUUUGAUGAAAUUCGUCUGGAGCAUUAUUGGGUAAGGAAAAUCUAAUGUAGAAAUGGAGGAUGUCGUUCCCUUGGGACAAGAGGGGAGGGACCAAUAGGGGAAACGGAGUUAAAUAUUUUGAAUUGCUACUAGUCCUGAACAACCGAAUUGGUUUUAAUGAAAUAUGAUCUGGAGCAUUAUUGACCAAAUGAGGUCUAAUGUUGUAUAAUCUAUGGAUGUGGUACUCAUGGGGUGGGAGAAAGCCCAACUGGGGAAAUAUUGCAAAAAAAAAAGAAACAUUCAAAUUCUUUUUC